AUGUCCAGCAGCAAGCGGACGCAUUACCAGCAAGACUGCCAUGUGAGUUAUGGCGGCCGCUUCAACACACACGCAUCCCAUACCAUCUCCGCGGCCGAGCGAGCUCACUUCAACCUGGCGAAUCGCAGUGACGGGCCCGGGAACUACCGCAACUGCAACGCUUACACCAACCAGUCGGUGCACCGCCGGAUCGACGAGCACUUCCUUUGCCAGUCGCAACGUCAUAGCUUCACUCAGGACGGCAUGGACUUCGGUCAGCCGGGCACGAAGUCCUACAUCAGUCCGCAAGAGGUGGCUCGACGAACCCAGGCGAAGAUCAAUGCCGCCAAGGAGUCCGGAGACAUCUACAACCGAAGAUUCAACAACUACUUGUACAAGAUGGCCGAG